UGCAUAUAGGUUCAAAAUUUUUAUUUUGUAGAAGAAAUUUCAACAAUUUAUCCAUUAUGGAACUACCUUGUAUCAAAUGAAGUUAGAGAUACUUUAUGAAAAAUCUAAGUAAUAAUAAGUCUGACGUUUCCUAACUUGAAAAGAGAAAAAGACACAUUAUUUUUAGAAGACAUUGAUUUUAAAAGUUUUUGAAAAGAGAGGGGGGGGAGAGAGAGAGAGAGAAGUAUAUAAUAUUUCAUUAAAAUAAUACACAUAAUUCAUUACAAGACAUAAUAAUUCAUUGCAAUUGUCAAUAUAUAGGUUUCUAACAGGUCUUUUCAUCUUUUAGUUAGACCAUCUAUGGGAGGUAUAUAGUGAGAAUGACAAAAUACUACAAAUAGUAGGGAGGGAAAGAUCAAAUACUACUUUGUUUUUUCACAGAAAGCUGUUAUUUGAAUCACGACGUUUGUUAUACAUAAAAUAUGUUCUAGUCAUGGAAUGAGUAGGAUGGUUCAGUCAUUUAAAACAAUAUAAUGUGAUAUGUCAUGUUUCUAUAGGAACAGGAAAUAUAUGAAAAUUGAUAUACUAGUUGGAAAGAGGAAAUGAUGCAAAAUAUUAUAGUUCAACUCAGUGGAAAGUUCUUAGCAAGUUAUGUUGCUAAAAUAUAUUUUUAACAAGGACUUGAUCUCUUAAAGAGAUAACUUUAGGUUUUGCAACAAAGAGAGCAAAAUUGAAAAAUACAAUUUUCCUGAAGAGGAUGAAAAUUACGAAGUUUGGCAUAGAUUAUAUGGAUUCGUUCAGUCUAAUAUUACAGACCGAAAUAAGGAUUUCGAGCUUUAAUAGAAUUUUAAUAGAAUUAAUUAGAAAGAAGAUGAAAUAAUUAGUGAUAUAAUUAAAAGGAAGAUAACAAUAGCAUGCGACUCGAUAAAAUGUACUAAUUUAUUAAGAAAGAUGUACGGAACAGUGAUAAAGCCUGAAGAUGCUGGAUUCCGUUUCCUCUCUUGCUUGUGAGAUUUUAUUGUUAUCGACCAAAGAACCUUCAACGUGAGUUAUCCGUUUCUUUAAAAUUUUUCCUAUUAACGGAGUGUUUUAGAGACGUACAAAAGUGUUCAACCAUGUAACGAUCUACUGUCGACCUUCGAAUUUGAUGCUGGUCUCCAAAUACUUGCUCGACUGCGCAAACGUACCAAUUUGGUGUUCAAUUUCUCUUGCCGUUGGCUGCCUUCGAAAUCUUGAAAAUUUUUCAUCUCUAGGCAUACGAAACUUGCGUUAUAUGUAAUUUACCGUUUGUUAAAUCAGCAUUCUUGAUCAACUAGGAUUUCGUCGCAAAAGAAGAUCAUCGUGGAUGUACAAUGCAAAAUAGAAUAUUGUCAUAGGAAUUGUAAGAAGUCAGUUUUUUUCAACAGUGCUGGUGCGAAAUGUGCAGAUUCUAGAAAAUCGGCAUAUCCUUCUUUCUAAAAAAAAAGAGGAUCACAUCAUGGGAUUCUGUCACAGAAGAGGAUCAUCACGGGAUUUCGUUAUACAAGAUCAUCGUAGAAUUCUCAUUGCUGAAGAGGACCAUCGUGAAAGAUCAUCACAGAACUUUAUCACAGAAAGGAUCAUCGCGGGAUUUCAUCGCAUAAGAUCAUUGUGGGACCAUGAUGCAGAAGAGGAUCACAUCAUGGAAUUCUGUCGCAGAAGAGGAUCAUCACGGAAGAUCAUCGCAGAGGGAUCAUCACGGAAGAUCAUCGCAGAGGGAUCAUCACGGAAGAUCAUCGCAGAGGGAUCAUCACGGAAGAUCAUCGCAAAAGAGGAUCAUCACGGAAGAUCAUCGCAGACCAGAAUCAUCACGGAAGAUCAUCGCAGAAGAUCAUCGUGGGAUUUUGUUCUAGAAGAGGAUUACAUCGUAGGAUUCUGUCGCAGAAGAUCAUCACGGGAUUUCCUCAUACAAGAUCAUCGUAGAAUUCCAUUGCAGAGGAGAACCAUUGUGAAAGAUCAUCACAGAACUUUAUCACAAAAAGGAUCAUCGCGGGAUUUUAUCGUAGAUCAUCGUGGGACCUUGAUGCAGAAGAGAAUCACAUCAUGGAAUUCUGUCGCAAGAGGAUCAUCACGGGAUUUCAUCAUACAAGAUCAUAGAAUUCCAUUGCAGAAGAGAACCAUCGUGAAAGAUCAUCACAGAACUUUAUCAUAAAAAGGAUCAUUGCAAGAUUUCAUCGCAGAGGAGGGUCAUCGUGGGAUUUUGUUACAGAAGAGGAUCAUAUUAUGGGAUUUUGUCGCAGAAGAUCAUCGUGGGACCUUGAAGCAGAAGAGAAUCACAUCAUGGGAUUCUGUCUCAGAAGAGGAUCAUCACGGGAUUUCAUCAUAGAAGAUCAUCGUAGAAUUUCAUUGCAGAAGAGGACCAUCGUGAAAGAUCAUCACAGAAUUUUAUCACAAAAAGGACCAUCGCGGGAAAUCGCAGAAGAUCAUCGUGGGACCUUAUUGCAGAAAAGGAUCAUUGUAGGACUUUGUUGCAGAAGAGGAUCAUAUCAUGGAACUCUCGUAGAAAAAAAUCUAUGGAAUUUUGUCGUAGAAGAGGAACAUCGUGGAACCUUAUCGUAGAAGAUUAUUUUGGAAUCUUAUCACAAAGAGACUCACAUCAUGGGAUUGUCGCAGAA